AUGUCAGACAAUAAAAAUUCAACAUUAUCACAUAGUGAAGCCAAAUCAAACGAAGAAUUUGGUUUAACUGGAACAACAACUGGAUCAAGUGGAGAACAUUUAAAAACAACUGGAGCUAGUGCAUUAGGCACUAGUGGAGCAAGUGGUGAUAUGGGAAAUGAAAAAUCCAAAAUUGACAGAUCAACUGAUGGUAUAGGACCAUCAGCAACAACAACAGCAUCAUCAUCAACAGUUGCUAAUAAUCAAGGAACACGUUAG